CUCAAAUGUUUCUUCAGAAAAGAAGAGAGAAGCCUCAAAGGGUGUGUUUUGUCCACAUGUAAAGCCACCUCCCCCUAGUCACAAACCAACUAGUUUAUGCAUAUGCCCAACCGAACGCCCACUACUCUCCAUGGUUCUUCUUUCUACACCUUUCACUUGCUAAAUCAGUGCCGGGUAUAAAAUCUCCUCAGCCCUCCCCCACAAGGCUCCCCCACUUUCCCCUCCCCUCGGCUGCGAAUCAUUCCGCUCGCCGCUCGACAUGGCGUCGGAACCUGUAGAGUGCCAGGUUGUGGUGCUCAGAGUGUCCAUCCAUUGUGAAGGGUGCAAAAAGAAGGUGAAGAAAGUACUCCUACAUGUUGAUGGCGUGUUCAGAUGCGACAUCGACGCCCGGAGCAACAGGGUAGCGGUCACAACCUCUACAAAGAUCGACGCCGGCAUCCUCAUCGCCAGGCUGCGCAAGUCCGGCAAGCUGGCGGAGCCGUGGCCGGAGCAGCCCAAGCAGCAGCAGGAGCCGCCUCCUCCUGCAGAGAGCCAAAGUCAGGAAACCAAGAACCAAACCGAUGAUGCCAGCAAGCCUAACGACGCCGCCGAGAGUCCCGCUCCAGCCGCCGCCGCCGCCGCCGAGCCGAGCAACGCACAGCCUCCGGCGCCAGAGCCCGAGAAGACCACCAACGAAACGCCACCGCCGGCUCAAGAAAGCAAAGAGCCCAACGAGCCCAAGGCAGAGACAGGGCCGCAACAACCACCCAACGAGGCGAACGGGACGCAGCAGCAGCAGCAUGAUCAUCAUGAUAAGCCGAUGGAUGCCAGGGUGACGAUGGAGUUCGACGAUGCCCGCAGCAGAAGCAUCUACGGCUACGGAGGCCACCAGCAGUACAUGCCAGCCACACGGCAGCCGCCGGUUCACGUCAUGAGCUACAACGUGGCGCGGCCGAUGGCGAGCUCGUCCUACUACGCCGCGGCGCCAACGCCGGCGGCGAUGCCGAUGCCCAUGCCCAUGGCGAGGCCGGGGCCAUUGCAGGGCGGCUACAUAGACGAGUACGCGCCUCCGAACUACUACAGCCGGCCGGCGCCAUCGUCGUACGAGCCCUACUACUACUCUGAUCCCCAGCCGUCGCCAUACCAGCAUCAGCGUUCUGCGGCCGACGACUACUACUACGGAGCGCCGCCGCCGCCGCCGCAGAGGAGCGCCUUCUCGCCGCCGCGGGAGGCCUACGGCGACAUGUUCAACGACGAGAAUGCCAAUUCUUGCAGCGUGAUGUGAAGAGGAUCGAUUCGGCAGGUUUAGCUAGUUUAAUGUUCUUUAACGGAGGACCACUCCAUGUGUUAGAGCCGAAAUUUUAGUAGCAGUAUUGCUCAGGUUAGUACUAGAAUAAAACGAGCUGAGCUUGAUGCAUGCAUGAGGGAAUGAAUGAGAGGGAUCCUUGGAACAGCUCUGAUCGAGCAUAGUGGAGCAAUUUUGUAAUA